UCGUAGUGCAGUAAGAAUGACAUUGAAGUUCAGUGGGAAAAGGGAAAUCAAGUGACCUACAUGCCCAUUCCUACCAAGGAGGAAACUAUUGUACCGUCGACACUGCCCGGGACUGGCUCUUGUUAUCGGAGCAGCAGCAGGAGCGCAUCAUUACGCGCGGAUCUUUCUGAGCCCAGAGCCGUCCCUGGGUCCGUGCGUCUGAUAUAAGCCGCAUGUUACCUCCUGCUCUUAUUUCAGUUGGAGAUUUUCCGGGUCUAAAUUCUUCAACGUGGUAACGAAGUUGAGGACAAGUUUACCUGGCCUUUGUUUGAGUGGAAACCUGCACCCGCACUGUUCGUGCGUCUCUUUUUAAGCAUUGGAGGUGCCUAUACUUGUUUGGUGAACAUUUCCACCCUCUGCGCUUUUACUUAGACUUUAACUACGCAAGACAACUUUUGGAGGAAAAAACAACAAGCCAAAGAUGAAUGCAACGGACAUUUUUUGCAAUAAUAAUGAAACGUGCAAGUCUACGAACAAUUCCAGUACGGACGCCACCAAUCCCCCCGACAGCUAUAUCGACAUCACUACUUUUAUGCACAUAUUUCCAUCCAUUUAUGGGAUCCUCUGUACAGUUGGCGUCAUAGCAAACGGACUGGUUAUCUUUGCCGUGGCUACAUGUAAAAAGAAAAUGGUGUCAGACAUCUACGUGUUGAAUUUAGCCAUUGCUGAUUUGCUUUUCUUGCUUGUGAUGCCCUUCAAUAUACAUCAGCUGGUACGGGACAGACAGUGGGUUUUUGGGAACUUCAUGUGCAAAGCAGUGGUGGUGGUGGAUGUCAGCAAUCAGUUCACCACAGUUGGAGUGGUGACAGUCCUGUGUAUUGACAGGUACAUCGCCAUCGUGCACCCCACCUCAGACAAGCGCACCAUCCAGUGGACCAUCAUCAUCAACCUGCUGGUGUGGCUGGGCAGCUUCCUGCUCACCGUGCCCGUCAUGAUGUACGCCAAGGUGGUGGGCCAGCGGGACCUGGAGAUGUGCAUGAUGUACCUGGACGGCCCCCAGGACAUGUACUGGUACACCCUCUACCAGUCCAUCCUGGGCUUCAUCAUCCCCCUGGUCAUCAUCAGCACCUUCUACUCCCUGACGCUCUACCACGUGUUCAGCUCCAUCCGGAGGGUGAAGCGCAAGCAGUCCGUGUGGGCCAAGCGGGCCACCAAGACGGUGCUGAUGGUCAUCGCCCUCUUCCUGGUGUGUUGGUCGCCCUACCACGUCAUCCAGGUGGUGAACCUGAGCAACAACACGCCCACCGCCGCCUUCAUCUACGCCUACAACAUCAGCAUCUGCCUGAGCUACUCUCACAGCUGCAUCAACCCGCUCAUGCUGCUCAUCUUCGCGCAGAACUACCGGGAGCGCUUGUGCCGGCGCAACGCGCUGCUCAGCUCCCAGCACUCGUCAAAGACCACGUCGGUGAGGCCCGACGGGUCCAGCCUGGCCACCGAGCCCAGCUACCGCUGCACGCCCAUCUGAGCGCGACGCAGGUGGCGGGGGGGGGCCUGCGUGGACGAUGAUGCUGCCGCUGUGUGUGAGGGUGCUUCAAUAAAAGGGCUUUGUUGUAGUGGGUAGCAGUGAGUGUUCUGUUGAUUCGAGACAAGGUUUUGUGCCAAAAUGCAAUGUGGGUCGGUCGCUUUUACUCCAGGGCUGUGGGGGUGUGUUGUGGACUCGAUAUCGGGAGGUGGGGAUUGAUGUUAGAGCUGUAUUCCGGCGAGACCUGUCAAUUUCUCCCAACCCCAUUGAUCACUCUGGCUCUCUUCUCUUCCUCUCUGUCACACUCUCCCGCCUUCUCUCCCUUGAUCUUUUAUACGGUUCGGUUCUUUUGCCUUGUUUUGUCUGGGUCAGAUCGGGUGAGGUUUCACGACUCCACCGUUGACCCAUUUACGAUGGGUGUUUUGGUCCCGGAAAAUACACUCCCAGCUCAGGAAAAAACCAAAAGCUGUUUAGUGUUGCUUCACUUAGAGGAUCAACAUGUUGUCAAACUGAUAUUACUAUUCAUUUUAAUUAAACUUGAUGAUAGGAAUGACAUUUAAAUGGAGUGGAAUGUAUUCAAUGGGAUCACGUCUUGAUUUGGUGUUUGUUUAUGUUGUACAUAAUGUGGGUCUGAACCAAUGGGAUUUUCGUUUAGUUUUUUGAUUGCAUGUCAUGCGUUGGUUCUACGACUGAGCUGUUCUAUGACGAACACGGAAGAGAUUUUCUGUACCAUUGAUCUGUAUCAACGAUUCACCAAAACAUCCACUUUUAACUUUAGAGGCUUUACUCUGAAAUGUAAA